CUACCUCAAUGGCAAAGGGGAAAGUAGAUUUCUGCCUCAAUCCGUGGAAUAAACCAGGUCCGUGGGUAGAAAUAAUGGUGAGAUGUACUAAUAUUUCUGACUCUGCUCAUGUCUGUCCCUCCAAAGUAAAACACAACCUCAUCCUGUUCCACCCCUUGACUUGCUGGGGAAUGGCUGAUAGCGAGGGCAGAGCUGGGAAAGGAGGAACUGGGAUCAGACUGUUCGCAAGGAGAGGCUGGGUUCGUUCCUGGUGCAGAGAACAUCCUCCCUUCUUUACAGGAAAAAGCACCCAGGGGACAGAGGGAAGACUGCUCCAGAUUUGAUUUUGCCAAGCGGGAGGAGGCUUGACAUCUUGGCCCAUCUCAACAACUGCUGGUGCCAAAAGCAAGGAACUGUAUCUGAGGAGUUACUUGAAAGACUCUGGCAGCAGUGGGACCCUCUACCAGAGCAAAUCAGGCACACAGGAAUCACCUGCUGAGAGAAAAUGUUGGCAGCCUACUUUGAUUGCCCAGGAGGCCCAGAAAAUCUCUAUGUGAAAGAAGUGAUGAAACCACACCCAGGAGAAGGAGAAGUUCUUGUGAAGGUCUCUGCCAGUGCUCUGAAUAGGGCUGAUUUACUCCAGAGGAGAGGGAAGUACCCUCCCCCCAAAGGAGCAAGUGAUAUUUUAGGCUUAGAAGCAGCUGGGAGUGUGGCUGGGCUCGGACCUGGCUGCAAGGGCCGGUGGAAGAUUGGCGAUGCAGUGAUGGCUCUGCUCUCCGGAGGUGGCCAAGCAGAAUACGUUACAGUACCCGAAGGCUACUUGAUGCCAAUUCCCAAUGAUAUGACUUUUAUUCAGGCUGCAGCCAUUCCCGAAGCCUGGUUAACAGCCUUUCAGCUGCUGCAUUUUGUAGGUAAAGUACAGAAGGGCGAAAGAGUGCUGAUCCACGCUGGAGCUAGUGGAGUUGGUAUGGCAGCCAUUCAGCUGGUGAGACUGGCAAAAGCUAUUCCCAUAGUGACAGCAGGAACUCAAGAGAAACUGAAAGCAACAACAAACGCAGGAGCAGCUGUGGGGUUCAACUACAAGAAUGAAGAUUUUAGUGAAAAGGUCUUGGCAUUCACCCAAGGUUCUGGAGUAGAUCUUAUUUUAGACUGUGUUGGUGGCUCAUACUGGGAGAAGAAUCUCAACUGUCUGAGUACUGAUGGCCGGUGGAUUAUUUAUGGACUACUGAGUGGAGGUGAAGUACAUGGAGAUUUGCUUGCAAGGCUGCUUUCCAAAAGAGCGAGCAUCCAUACAAGCCUAUUACGAUCACGAGACAAGGAGUAUAAGGAACGCCUGGUGAAAGCCUUCACAGAACACGCACUACCGUAUUUUUCUGGAGGAACCUCCGCUCGUCUCCAACCACUUCUCGACAGCGUUUACCCUCUGGAGGAGAUUGCAGAGGCGCACAGGAUCAUGGAAGAAAACAAGAAUAUUGGCAAAAUUGUCAUCGAAAUGCCUGCUUCAUCUUAAAGAAAGGCCUACUGCUGUAGUUGUUUGGGGGACAGAAUCGUUAGGGCUGUUUGACAAGCAGAGAAUCUGCCCCUUUCUGCUUCCAAAUCUGGAAUGAUUUGCUGUGGGAGGAAGCCAAAAAGGAGGCGUAAAGCAAAGCCUGACAGCACACGUUUAAUAAAAAGGUUCAGGCUGCA